AUGAAAGGAAAAUUUGUUUCCAAGAUCAAUUCAUUUUCUACCCCAUCUCUUAUCAAUCUCAUCUCUUUAUUACCGAUAUCUUCCUUGAUCGAGAAAAACGGCAGCACUACCGAAGUUGUUCGUAAGAACCCAAAAUAUAAAAACACUGUCCCAACUCCUCCCAAGCAUACAGUUGGAGAUAAUAAUCGAAAUAUUAAAAAAUUUGAAAAUGAGAGUGAUUUAUCAAUAUCAUCAAAGGGAACACCUAUUGGAUGUGGAUGCGGUAACAGACCUUUUAAAGUAAUCGAACCAAAGGGCAAACGAAGCCAUCCACCUUUGAACUUAAAAAGAAAGAAGAAUAUUGUAUCAAGAGAAUUCAAUGGCUGCUGGAUGUGCAGAACACGAAAGGUCAAAUGUGAUUUAACUAAACCUACUUGCACUAGAUGCGAUAAGGCAGGCUUUGUUUGCACUGGCUAUCAAAUUAAGUUGAACUGGUUCAAGCCGUUGACCAAAAAUUCUUUUAAAAGAAAUAAAAAUAACCAUAUUCUGGAAAAUAUUGGUCUGGACAACAGAUUAGAUCUCAAUAGAACCGGUGGAAAUUUGGACUUUAAACUAAAUGACUCAAAUCUUCAAAACCAAUAUUGCCAAAGAUCUUUCAUAAAACCAUUUAAAUGGUCUGAAAUUGAUAUAAAAUAUAACAAUUUGUUAUAUAUCGAUAAUUUAUUGCAAAAUCUUGAAAAUGAAACUAUAUUAGAUUGUAAUAACAUGUCAAUUAACGGACCAUUCAGCAAAUUUUCUUUUUCUAGAGUUGAUCACAGUAUUGGUAAAAGUAAUACAAAUGAUAUUGCUAUUAAAAAUAAAAGUACGAAAGAAAUCAAUAAUGUCACUAAUGAUUAUUCUAGAAAUAAUAACGACAAUAGAAUUAUUACUGAAAAUAAUCAUGAUCCUAAAGAGAAUGUAUUUUCGAUAAAUUUUACAUCUAAUCCCGAAAAUAAUCUACUUCUUUUAUCAAAUCCUUCGUUCAAGAUAAUCACGUCAGAUUCAACAAUAAGUAAAGCCGAUUUUAAUGAACAUUUCAAUAGGGUUGAUAAUUUCAGAUAUUGGGUUCAUCCUAGUUUGAAAUUGAAUGUUGAUAUAUCAUUUUCUCUAUUAAAGAUAGGUAAUAAUAAUAAUAAUAAUAAUUACAAUUUUAAUAAGUAUGAUUUCUUAGAGAUUUUGUUUGAUCAGAAAUACUCUCAUCAGUUAAAUGAUUUAAUUAUUGAUUUGAAUUGUUUGGAUUUAUUGUUUGAUGUAAAUUUCAAAGCCAAUAGAAUUUGUUUUAAAGAUUUAUUUACAAAAUUAAUGGAUUAUUUUAAGGAUAAUGUUAUGCAUUUAUUAAUGAAUUUUUCUUUAAUUAAUAUAAAUGCUUGGUUAAUUAAUUUCUAUCCGUUUGUUUUGAAGGUGAUUGAAAGCUUUUCUCACGUUGAUAAUUUAAAUAAGUUGAUUUUUAUAACCAAUAACAUUCAAAAUGAUAUUCAUUUGUUCAAUAAUGAUCGAAAUUUUCUCAUAAAGCAGGUCAUUUUAUUUCAGUUGAUAUCAUUAUCAAGUUUUCAUUUAUUUUCAAAUGGUUAUAAGGCAUCUGGUUACACCGGUCAUCAGGAGUUAUUAAAACUCUCUAUAAGUGUAAAGAAUUUAGUAACGGUAAAACUCAAUAAUAUAAGUGAUUAUAUUGCACUUAAUGAUGAUGGUAGUAAAAUAAAAAACACGGUUAUCGAGGAGAUAUCAUUGAAUGAUAAGAUUAUUUUUCUCUUUUGUUUUUUGAUACAGUUCAAUUUGGACAAUCAGUUUGAUUCCAAUUCAAAUUUUGAAAAGUAUUUUAGUAUAUGCGAGAGAAUAAUAGUUAGCAUUAGAGAAGAUACGAUUGGUGAAAAAAAGUAUGGUGAUGCUAGUAGUAGUGAUAAAUUUGAGAAUAUUGAGAAGAUAAUUGAGUAUUAUUUGAUUAACGAUUUGAGUGAUUUUAAUGAUAACGAUGAUUUUAAUGCGUUUGAUGUAAUAAACUUGCGGAUUUUGAGUGAGGAUGAAAAGUAUAAUAACGAGUUGAAUUUCAAUUAUUAUUAUUUGAUAAUCUAUUUGAAAAUUUUCAAGAAUAUAUAUGGAUCUACGUAUAUUGUUGAUAGAAGUAGUUUCCAAGUAUCGAAAAUUGGGAAGUUUGAAGACAUAUUGAAUAAGAAUUACAAUAAGGUUAAACUGGAUUAUGAGUAUUUCAAUCGUAAUCCCAGUUUACAAAAGCAAAGGAAGAUUAAGAUAUUUACUUCCAUCAAGGUUAUUAAAGAUGAUGGUGAAGAAAUGGAAGAGGUAGAAGAAAUGGAAAAGAUGGAGAAAGUGGAAGAGGUGGAAGCAGUAGAAAAAAGUGAUAAUUCGGAUUAUCAUUAUGAUGAAUUUUCUCAACCUUCUUUUCAAAUUCGAUUCAAUUGUGAAAGUGGUAAUAUUAAUGAUAAUGAUAGUGAUAAUGAUAAUAAAGUGGAUAGGGAAGGUGAUGGGAAAGAAGUUAUUAGGGUUAGUAAAUUUAACGAUAAAGAAGAUAAAGAAGAUAAAGACGAUAAAGAAGAUAAGAAUAAAAGGGAAAAAAUUAAGGGUAAUAAUAUUGAACAAGAUUAUGAUGAGUUGUUUUUUGUAAGAAAAGGAUUUAAAACGUUUGUGAUCAAUUUACCGCUGAUUGAGAAAUAUAUUAAUGAUGAUGAUAGUAUAAAUGUUAUGAUGUCUGAUUAUGGGGAAGAGAAUAAGGAUAAGGAAAGCAAGGUGGAAAGAAGAAAGAAAGAUAAUUUUAUUGAUAAGAUUGAGAAGUUGAAUUUGAAUGAUUUGGUGUUUCCCAUUCCAUUAUCGUUAAUCAACUUGAUUAAUAAAAUUUCUAAAUUGUGCAGUCACAAUAAUUUUUUCAACGAAAAAAAGAUAUAUUCUCGAAACUUUCCAAAGAUCAAGUCUGAUUUUGAAGACCGAUUGAUUAAUUGGAAGAACGAUUGGAAAUUGAGUUAUUAUGAUGAGAAAGAUAAUAAGCUGAAGUUUUAUUCUGUGUACCACGAGUUGAUAUACCAUAAUGUGAUGUCGUUUUAUUUCAGUAUAUUGAUAUACUAUUAUAAGAUGAUUAAGGAGUAUUCGUCGGUAAUGUUGAAAGGGUACGUGGUGGAGUCGAUCAACCAUAUGAAGCAGAUGUACAAGAACAUGGAAAGGAUCGAGAAGGACAAUGGAAGCCAAAGAGUGAUUUAUUUCAAGCCAUUUUUCAUACAACUAUUUUACACUAGUUGUGAAGCAUGGUCGAUUGAAAUGCAAGACGAAUGCGAAAGACUCUGGGAUAAACAUAGCAAGUACGAUGGAGGGAUGUUCAACAACAAUUACUGGAGGGCUAAGCAGAUAAUCUACGAGGUUUGGAAGAUCAGAAACUGCAGUAAUCAAGACACGACGUGGGUGGAGAUUCUCAAGAAAUGGAACUUCAAAUUGUUGUUGAUAUAAAGCAGGAAAAGAGCAUAUAUUGAGAGUUUCUGGAUUAGGCAGAAGGAACAGACCUCUCAUACGUCAGAAACCCCUUUCCUUACGUAACAGACCCCAUUAAUAAAUCCGGAGGCUGUGCUCUAACUCCGAAACACAAACGCGCCCAUGCAUGCAAAUGUUGCAUGUGCAAAUAAAACAGACAAUGCAGCUAUGUGCGCAUAUAUGCGUGCGGCAAAAACAUGCGAUGCACAGCUUCAGACAGCAGGUGGUGACCAUGCGCAAUUUUGCUGCAUGUAACACGGGGCAGCCAUAGGGGGUCUGUCCGCACGGCGAAAGUGGCCGCGGUUGGUGG